AUGGCCACCAACCAGGGGCCAACGCUGGAGGAGAAGCUGGACAAGAUCAAGUCUCCUGGUCUCCAGAGCCAGUCGACUAAUGUCCUCGCUCUUCAAUCCGUAGAAUCCACCAUCAAAGAGCAGAAGCUGCGUCCCGACUCGAAUACAUACUUCUCUGCUAUCCUUGGCGUCCUGCGCAGUCUGAUUGGAAACGGAGAGAAUGUCGACACCAAGAAGAUCCAGCCCUUCGUCUACCUUCUCGAUGUGGUAACGCCAUACGCACCCGAGGCACUCCUGCGCUCGCGCUUCACACAGGUCUUUGAGCUGCUCGUCCCCGUCCUCAGUAUCCAGGAAGCCGAGGCCAGCUUGCUCAGGGCAUCACUGGGAUGUCUUGAAUCGCUCCUUGUCGUCCAGGAUGCGCGGUCCUGGGAGCUUCCGCAAACAUCGCCCAGUCCCCGACGAGGUGUCACAGGGCUUCUGACCUUCUCUCUCGACCCCCGACCUAAGAUCCGCCGACGGGCCCAAGAUGCGAUCAAAAAGGUGCUCCGCAACCCGCCGCCAAGCCCAUCUCUCGACCACCCUGCUGCCGACCUCAUUGCCCACUGGGCUGCCCAGCACCUCGAGGAAUUGGUCAAGGAGCGCAAGGGCCGCAAAGGCGACGCUGGCAACGACCCGGCCAUGAUCCACGGACUACAGCUCGUCAAGACGGUAGCUGUGGCGAGUGGAGGCUGGCCCAGCAAGGAAAUUGAGUCCCUGUGCGAGAUGCUGCUGGGAAUCGCCAAGACCGGAAACGAGUAUAUGACAAUGGCCGUGUUCGAGAUCUUUGAGGAGAUCUUUGAGGGCAUGACGGAUGAGGUCUCCUCCGCCAAGCUGCCUCGACUGAUGGACAUUAUCUCGCAGCUGCGACCUGCCGACAACGACACACAGCUUGUGCCCCCGUGGGUGGCCAUCCUCUCCCGCGGGUAUGAAGUCUCCGCCCGCAUUGAGCCCGACGAUACUUUCCAGAAGCUACCCGAAAUAUUCGCCAUGGUGUCCCGCUUCCUCGGGUCGCCAUCAGAGAACAUCCGCAUCUCCGCCUCCGAGUGCCUGGCCUCGUUCAUGGCCAACUGUGUCCCCGAAUCCGUCAUUCUCGACGCCUCCAUCUACGACGAGAAGACCAUUGAGAAGAUCGCCAAGACGGCCGAGUCCCUCCUGACCGUGCAGUAUCAGGCCGCCUGGCUGCAGACCUUCCACGUGCUCGGCGCCAUGUUCGACGCACUGCGGUGGCGAUCCGCGCCCAGCCUGCUCAACGUCACCAAGGUUGUUUGCGAGAUUCGCGACAGCCCCUCGUUCCGGAGCAAGAAGGAGGCCGACACUGUGCUUGGAAAGGCCAUCCGCGCUAUGGGCCCCGAGACUGUCCUGACGAUUCUGCCGCUCAACCUCGACACCACCUCAGGGGGGCCCACUGCGCGCGCGUGGAUGAUGCCGGUCCUGCGCGACUACGUGAGCAACACGAACCUCUCCUACUUCAAGAAUCAGCUGGUACCCCUGAGCAACCAGCUACACCAGAUGGCUCUUGUCCGCGCCAAGGCCGACAAGGGCAUGGAGGCCAAGAUCUACGAGACUCUCGUACAGCAAGUCUGGGAGACGCUCCCUGGGUUCUGCGACCUUCCCCUCGACUUGCCUGAGGCGUUCGACCAAUCAUUCGGUGAGACGUUGGGCACCGUUCUGUACGAGCGCGAGGGUCUCCGUCUGGUCGUCUGUCGCGCACUCAAGGUCCUGGUCGAGUCGAACAAGGCCAUCGCCACCGACGACGAGGGCGAGGAAAACCUCGUGCUCCAGCACAGAAUCACCCGCCAGGCGGCCAAAGAGAAUCUCACGAUCCUGGGCGGACUAGGCGAGAAUGUCCUGCCCGUGCUCUUCAACAUCUACACCGAGACCCUCCCGCAGAGCCGCGGGCCCAUUCUCCAGACAAUCGACGCCUUCCUGAGCAUCACCCCCGUCGCCAAGGUCACGUCCACCUUUGACGGCAUCUGCCAGAUGCUGGCUGGCGAGCUCCAGAAGCAGCCGGCCGAGAAGGACAAGAGUCAGCAGCAAGCCAAGGGCAAGGACCACAUGCCCUCCGCUGCGCAGGCCCUCAUGGACCUCGUCAUUACGAUUGCCAUCUACCUGCCCAGGGAGAGCUUCGGUGCUCUGUUUGAGAUUGCCAGCAUUGUCAUCAACCGCCAAGCCGAGCCCCAGCUCCAGAAGAAGGCCUACAAGCUCAUCCCGCGACUCGUCGAGUCUGAGACCGGUAAGGCCGCCCUAAAGGAGCGCUCCGCCGAGCUGCAGCAGCUCCUCGUCUCGAGCAAGGAGACAGUCUCGUCGCCCGCCCGCCGCGAGCGUCUGGCCGCCAUCUCAGCCCUCCUCCUCUUCAUCCCCGACGACAGCCUGCACUUUAUCCCGACCGUCCUCGAGGAGGUCGUCAUGUGCUGCAAGGAGAACAACGAGAGCGCCCGCGAGCGAGCCUACGAGCUCCUCGUGCAGAUGGGCCAACGCAUGAUCGACGCCCACGGCACCACCAUUGACCGCACCAAGAUCCCCAAGAUGGGGCCCGACGCGCCCCCGGCCCAGGCCAGCAUUGACGAGUACCUCGUGAUGAUGAACGCCGGUCUCAUGGGCGACAGCGCCACGUCCAUCUCCGCCUGCAUCACGGCGCUCUCGCGCGUCCUCUUUGCAUUCCGCAACGAGCUGCAAAAGGAGUCCAUCGCCGAGCUCGUCUCGACCAUGGACAUCUUUCUAACUCACAAGAACAGAGAGAUUGUCAAGUCGUGUCUCGGCUUUGUCAAGACGUGCGUCAUCAGCCUGCCCGUCGAAAUUGUCAUGCCGCGCCUGUCCACGCUCGUGCCUAACCUCAUCGUCUGGAGCCACGAGCACAAGGGCCACUUCAAGUCCAAGGUCAAGAACAUUCUCGAGCGCAUGAUCCGCCGCUUUGGCUUUGACAAUGUGAACAACCACUGCCCCGAGGCGGACAAGAAGCUGCUCACCAACAUCCGCAAAACCAAGGAGCGCGCCAAGCGGAAGAAGGACGCCGCCAAGCAGUCCCGGGACGGCGGCGACAAGGAGGAGCAGGACGACAGCGAGAACGAGGGCAAGGGCGGUCAGUAUGACGAUGCCUACGACCAGGCACUGUACAGCAGCGACUCAGACUCAGGGUCCGAUGACGAGGAUGACGACGACAACGACAACGAGGCCGCCGCGCCACGGGCUAGGAAGCCGCAAAAGGGCGGCAAGACCUACAUUGUCGAGGAUGAGGACGAACCCCUCGAUCUCCUCGACAAGACCGCCCUCGCCAACAUCUCCUCCGUCAAACCAUCCAAGAUGCGCCGUCCCACAAAGUCCAAGGUCAAGGUCGACCUGGACGGCAAGCUCAUCCUCGGGGGUGGCGACGGCGAUGACGCCAUGGACGUGGACGGCGAGGCGACGCAGCCCGAGAACUCGGGCGUGGGCGCCUAUGUUGCUGCGCUCAAGGGCAAGGACGUCGCGACGCGGGGCCGAGGUGGCAAGCUCAAGUUCUCCAACAAGCGGCGAGGACCCGACGACGACGAGGAGGUCGAGAUGGACGAGGCGGACGCCGUCGCCGUCAAGAACAAGAUGAGUCCUCGUGGGGGCAGCAAGUUCCGCGGACGAGGAGGGCCUGGGAGUGGUGGUCGUGGAGGACGAGGAGGAGCAGGACACGGAGGUCGGAAUGGCAAGGGUGGCAUUGCUGCUGGGAGGAGAGGUCUUGGUGUCGAGAAGAAGAAGGGACACUCGCCCGGUGGUGUUGGAAAGCCGAGGGGUAGGAGAUGA